CUUACCCAGAUCAUAACCAUCACAUCCCAAACUGUUCAAACACCAUCAUCAUCAUCAAGACCAGCAGUCUCAACUGAAGACUUACUUCCGGCUCCAAAACGGAACGGCGACCAUACUGUCCAGAAUAACACUCACAGAAUCAACGGAGGAAUGGUCCGAGGACACGCUAAGGCGCAAGCACAGGCGAAGAACGCGGCCAAACAGGGCUCGCAAAAGGGCUCCCAAUUAGGCGCCCAACAAGCAGUCACCAAGGUCGGAUGCUCGAUAUGUAAAGCUCCGACCCCCUCUUACAAACUUUUGGUCACUCAUUAUGAAGCUAAACAUCCCAAGGAAUCUGUUCCUACCGAAGAAACGUUCAAAACUAUGAAAUAAAUUUCCUUCAUCUCCUUUCUUUUUUUUUUAUUAUCGUUGUGGGGAAUGGGAAAUACUUGAUUUCUAUAGAUCUUGUCAGUUUAUGAAACCUUCGUGUUUAUGUGUGUAUGUCAUUUUUUU